AUGGGAUUGACUGGAUAUGCCUCACUCUUGGGUCUACUCACUAUUGGUGGAUAUAUGUUAUUUACUGGUUCUGGUGAACAGUUUAAUUUUGGAAAGUUUUUAGAAUCAGUUUCACCAUAUAUGUGGGCCAACUUGGGUAUAACAGCAUGUAUAGGGUUCUCUGUGAUCGGUGCAGCUUGGGGUAUAUUUAUAACAGGAUCAACCAUAAUUGGUGCUGGUGUAAAAUGCCCCAGAAUUACAACAAAAAAUUUAAUAUCCAUUAUCUUUUGUGAGGUUGUUGCCAUAUACGGUUUAAUCAUGGCAAUUGUUUACACUUCUAAAUUAACAAGCGUUAGUGAAUCGGAAAUUUACACAAAGGAAAAUUUGUAUACUGGAUUUGCCUUAUUUUGGGGAGGAAUCACAGUUGGGUUAAGUAAUCUUUUAUGCGGUAUCUGUGUUGGAAUCACUGGUUCAAAUGCUGCAAUUGCAGAUGCUUCCGACAGUGCAUUAUUCGUCAAAAUUUUAGUUAUUGAAAUUUUCGGCAGUGUUCUUGGAUUGUUUGGUUUAAUUGUUGGUUUAUUAAUGGGUGGUAAAGCUCAAGAGUUUUCCUAG